AUUAUCCUUGUGUGUGUUACCGAAAGAGCUGAGACCCUGUGUGGGGACCGGAGAAGGGUCUCUGAAAGCCCAUGCUGGCCCUUAAGAACAUCCCUCUGAAGGUGUCUCCUCCCCCGGCAGGUCCCCAUCAUACAGUCCAUCGCCUGUCAAGAAAAAGAAGAAGAAAGGUUCCAAGAAACAUAAGCGACACAGGUCAUUCUCCAAGAAGAGAAGGCACAGCUCCUCCAGCCCAAAAAGCAAAAGAAGGGACGAGAAGAGGCACAAAAAACAAUCACGAAGCCGGCCCCGAAAGUCUCACCGUCACCGCCAUCACCAUUGCCCCUCCAGGUCCCAGAGUUCGGAGACCCGCUCCUCAAGCUGUGAGAGCAGGUAACCCCUCUCCCCAGGGAGCCUCCCCCGACACUGUCAACACCUCCCUGUAGAGAAAAGGGACGGGCUGCCUCCAGGUACAGGAACAACAGUAAGCA